AUGACAUCCUCCUCUUCCAAAAGUGCUAAACGAGAUGUUUCCGAUGAUCAUCAUCAAGAUCUAAUGGAGACGACGAUGGUGGCACAAGAAGAAACGAGCGAAAUGAGAGGAGUCAUUGUAAAUGUUCAAAUACCUUCCCUAAUAAAACGCCGUUGGAGGCCACUGGAGGACGCUAAGCUUAUUGUCCAUGUUGUAGCUCAUGGGAGGAGAAUGUGGAGGGAUAUAUCAAAACAACUCCCUGGAAGAUCCACCCACGCUUGCAGAGUUAGAUGGGCGAAUUAUUUGAGCCCUGGUUCAAAAGAUAGUCCAUUCAGCAAAAAGGAGGAAAUGGAUUUAGUGGUGGCUGACGCUAGGUGUGAAUACGAAUUAACAGGAAGAGCCAGUGAUUCUGUUAAGAGCCAUUUUCGUUAUUUGAUGGCUAAAAAACGGAGAAGAGUGAAGUUGGUCCCUUCCGCCGCCACCUCUGCUAUUUUUCCUCUUACUAACAACAAUGUGGUUUAUCCGGCAAGAUCUUCCGUUCUUUCACGCACAACUGCAUCUAGUUCAGGGAAAGAUGUUUCCAUGAACUCCACAUUCACAUGUAUGGCUUGCAGAUGCAACUGGCAUUCUGAAUUGAAGUACUAUGGACAAAGGACAUUCGUGGCGGAAUGUGCUAUCUGCAGGAGGGUAUUUGAAAAUGGUGGUCUCAUGGUGAAUGGAAAGACAUACAUGGCGUCAGCAGGAAAUGUGCAGCAAACACUAUCAGUGAAUGUGAACCUCAACCUGGCAACCGAAGUCUAUGGUCCACAACCACCAUCACCACCUCUACCACCGCCACAACAUUCAGCUUCCUCAACACCAACACCAACAUUUAUUGAUUUUCUUGGGGUCGGCUCUGUGUGA